ACUUCCGGUUCCACUGGCCCCGCCCCCUCGUCCUCCCUUCAGGAUUCUUCCUCCAUUGUUGUCGCUUCGUCAGCAGCCGGAGCUCCAGCAGCGGAAGAGACGCUACAAGAUGGAGGACGUUUUCCAGCCCAGAGUCCUGCUGCGCACUUCAGAUGUUAAAAAAGAGGCUGAUAUGAACCAGCAGGAGGCGCUGCGCCUCCAGAUAAAGGAGGAAGAGGAAGAACUCUGUGUGAGUCAGGAAGGAGAGCAGCUCAGAGUGAAGCAGGAGACGGACGGCAGGUUUCCAUCUACUGCAGCUCCCAUCAGCAGUAAGGAUGUUAAAGAAGAGCCUCCAGAAGAACAGAGUCCUGAUGUGGAUCCUUUCAAAGUAAAAGAGGAAAAUAAUCAAAUGUGCUGCCAUCAGGAAGACGAGCUGUUCAGAGUGAAGGAGGAGCCUGAUUAUUCCAGGCUCCCAUUAAAUAUUGUUUAUGUAAAUAGUGAGGAUGAUGAAGAGAAACCAGUGAUGUCUCAGCUUCAUCAGCAGCAGACAGGAAAUGGAGAUCUUCCAACCAGCAGCUCAGGCGACCAGAUAAAAGCAGAAAUUGAAGUGGAGAUCAGUGGAGCAGCAGAGUCCAGCAGGAACCCAGAUCCAAAUACUGCUGGAGGAACUUUGAGCCAAUCAGAGACUGAAGAGGAGGAGGAGGAGGAUGAAGAUGGUGUGAACCAGCAGAGUAAAACAUUGUCAGAGUCUGAGACUGAAGACAUUCAUCAAAAAUCACAUUUAGACAUAGAUGGAAACAUUCCUGUUGGUGACGAACCUUUUGGUUGUGAUUUUUGUGGGAAAAGAUUUUCCUUAAAGUCUUCUUUAAACAAUCACGUAAAAAUCCACACAGGGGAGAAAUCAUGUGAUUUCUGUGGAAAAACUUUUAACUCAAGUUCAGACUUAAAGAAACACAUGAGAGUUCACACAGGAGAGAAACCUUUUUGUUGCGAGGAUUGUGGAAAAAGAUUUUCCCUAAGUGCAUCAUUAAACAGACACAUGAGAAUUCACACAGGAGAAAAAACAUUUGCUUGUGAUGUUUGUGGGAAAACAUUUACCUUAAGCUCAUAUUUGGAAAAACACAUGAGAAUCCACACACAAGAAAAACUCUUUGGUUGUAAUGAUUGUGGAGAAACAUUUUCCUUACAGUUAUGUUUAAAGAGACACAUGAGGAUCCACACAGGAGAGAAACCGUUUGGUUGUGAUGUUUGUGGUAAAAGGUUUAACUUAAAGUCUAAUUUAAACGUACACAUGAGAGUUCACACGGGACAGAAACCCUUCGGUUGUGAUGAAUGUGGUUUAAAAUUUAGCACAAAUUCUAAUUUAAAGGAACACAUGAGAAUCCACAAGGAUGAAAAAGCCUUUGCUUGUGAUGAAUGUGGGAAAAGAUUUAACGUAAAGUCUAGUUUAAAGAGACACAUGAAAAGCCACAAAGGUGAACGACCUUUUAGUUGUGAUAUCUGUGGGAAAAGACUCGCCUUGAAGUCCAGCUUAAAGAGACACAUGAAGAUCCACAUGGAAGACCAACCUUAUUUGUUUGUGGGAAAAGAUCCACCUUAAAGUCAUCUUUGAACAAUCUCCUGAAUGAACAGAGGUGAAAACCUUCAGGUUGUGAUGGCUGUGGAAUCCAACAGGAGGAACUGAAAGACUCUGAAAGUUGCUUUUAAGCAGAAAUGCUACAAUUUAUUUUUAGUUGUGAUGUUUGUGGAAAAAGAUUUUCCUCAAAAUCAAAUUUAAAGAUAAAUGUGAACAUUGGGUUUGGGGAUUUAUUCUAUCAUUUUUGUGAUAAAUUUCUUAGUAUAAGAAUUACAAUUUAUUGUUGUUAUAGUAAAUCCCAAUUAAUGUUUAAAACUCUCCAAACCGUCUGAAUUGUUGGUUUAACUAUUUUCUCCUGUUUGUUGAAUGAAAGUAUCAAUAAAUACUGUUUGGAUUGAAAUUGUUUUUUUUUUGCUGCAUGAGUUAAUAAAACUAAUAAUGAUUCUGAGGAUUUGGUUUUUAUUUCAGAUCAAUAAGAUUUCCUGAGGAUUUUGAUGUGAGCCACAGCUCUGCUUAUUUUUACUGAUGUUAGUCAUUAAUCAGAAAUGAUUUCUUGUUAUUAUGUUUGUUUUAAUCCAAUAUAGAAGCUUAUAUUUCAGUUUUGACUUUAACUCAUUAAGACAUUAAAUUAUGCUUUAAUCUUCUCAUGAAAUUCAACAAUAUGAUAGAAAGAAAACAAUAUUUGAUAUCUUCAAAUUUAAAUCUUUUCUGUGGCUGACCUCCCUCUGAUAGAAAUGUUUUAUUUUCAUAUGAAGUCCAUUAAACUAUCUUUCUCCAUAAAUAUCUAUAUAAAAAAACAUACAGAAACAAA